CGCCCACCCGGCCCUGUGCUGCGCCUGCCAGCCUGGGGUCCGCAGUCACUGCUCCACAACUCCUCCAGGACCAUGGCUCGGCUGGUGACGCGUAGCCGCCCGGGGUUCCUGGCUCGCCUCAUCGGUGGCAUCUGGUGCCUCCUCUGUGUAGCAGGACAGGUAUGUGGAGACCAAAGCCAAGGGGCUGUUUUCCUGAGGGAAUUUACACUGAUUCGAAGAGAGAGCCUUCAUGAAGAGUUCCUGUCUGACUUCUUGAAUAGUCACAAAACUGAAGACCCGAGUUCCAGGACUGCACGCUCAGAGGAAGACCGUGAAGGCCUCUGGGAUGCCUGGGGCCCUUGGAGCGAGUGUUCCAGAACCUGUGGUGGAGGUGCCUCCUAUUCCCUGAGACGCUGCCUGAGCAGCAAGAGCUGUGAAGGAAGAAAUAUUCGAUAUAGAACAUGCAGUAAUGUGGACUGCCCACCAGAAGCAGGUGAUUUCCGAGCUCAACAGUGUUCUGCUCAUAACGAUGUCAAGUACCAUGGACAGUUUUAUGAAUGGCUUCCUGUAUCUAAUGACCCUGACAAUCCAUGCUCACUCAAGUGCCAAGCAAAAGGAACCAGCCUGGUUGUUGAACUAGCACCAAAGGUCUUAGAUGGUACACGAUGCUAUACAGAAUCACUGGAUAUGUGCAUCAGCGGCCUAUGCCAAAUUGUUGGCUGUGAUCACCAGCUGGGGAGCACUGUCAAAGAGGAUAACUGUGGAGUGUGCAACGGAGAUGGCUCAACGUGCCGGCUGGUCCGAGGGCAGUAUAAAUCUCAGCUCUCUGCAAGUAAAUCGGAUGACACCGUGGUCGCCAUUCCUUAUGGCAGCAGACACAUCCGCCUUGUCUUAAAGGGGCCAGAUCAUUUGUAUCUGGAAACCAAGACCCUCCAGGGGACUAAAGGUGAAAAUAGUCUGAGCUCUACAGGCACUUUCCUUGUGGACAAUUCUACAGUGGACUUCCAGAAACUUCCAGACAAAGAGAUACUGAGGAUGGCUGGGCCACUGACAGCAGAUUUCAUCAUCAAGAUCCAUGACUUGGGACCUGCAGACAGCACCGUCCAGUUCAUCUUCUACCAGCCCAUCAUUCACCGAUGGAGGGAAACAGACUUCUUUCCUUGCUCAGCAACGUGUGGUGGAGGUUACCAGCUGACGUCUGCCGAGUGCUAUGAUCUACGGAGUAACCGUGUGGUGGCCGACCAGUACUGUCACUACUACCCCGAGAACGUCAAGCCCAAACCCAAGCUUCAGGAGUGCAACUUGGAUCCUUGUCCGGCCAGUGACGGAUACAAGCAGAUCAUGCCUUAUGACCUCUACCAUCCCCUUCCUCGGUGGGAGGCCACCCCGUGGACCGCGUGCUCCUCCUCGUGUGGGGGGGGCAUCCAGAGCCGGGCAGUUUCCUGUGUGGAGGAGGACAUCCAGGGGCAUGUCACUUCAGUGGAAGAGUGGAAAUGCAUGUACACCCCAAAGAUGCCAGUCGUGCAGCCCUGCAACAUUUUUGACUGCCCUAAAUGGCUGGCACAGGAGUGGUCUCCGUGCACAGUGACCUGUGGCCAGGGCCUCAGAUACCGCGUGGUACUCUGCAUUGACCACCGAGGAAUGCACACAGGAGGCUGCAGUGCAAAAACAAAGCCCCACAUAAAAGAAGAAUGCAUCAUUCCCACACCCUGCUACAAGCCCAGAGAGAAACUUCCAAUAGAGGCCAAGCUGCCAUGGUUCAAGCAAGCCCAGGAGCUAGAGGAAGGAGCUGCAGUGUCUGAAGAGCCUUCGUUCAUCCCAGAAGCUUGGUCGGCCUGUACUGUCACCUGUGGCGUGGGGACACAAGUGCGAAUAAUAAGAUGCCAGGUGCUCCUGCCUUUCUCUCAGUCUGUGGCUGACCUGCCUGCGGAUGAAUGCGAAGGGCCUAAGCCAGCAUCGCAACGUGCCUGUUAUGCAGGACCGUGCAACGGGGAAACUCCGGAAUUUAACCCAAAUAACGGAGACGGACUCUUGGGUGGCCUGCAGGACCUGGACGAGCUGUAUGACUGGGAAUAUGAGGGCUUCACCAAGUGCUCUGAGUCAUGUGGAGGAGGUGUCCAGGAGGCUGUGGUAAGCUGCCUGAACAAACAGACCCGGGAGCUCGCUGAUGAGAACCUGUGUGUGACCAGCCGACGGCCCCCGCAGCUCCUGAAAUCCUGUAACCUGGAUCCCUGCCCAGCAAGGUGGGAAAUUGGCAAGUGGAGUCCGUGUAGCCUCACCUGUGGGGUUGGCCUGCAGACCAGAGAUGUUGUCUGCUCCCACCUACUCUCCAGAGAGAUGAACGAGGUGGUUGUCCUGGCCGAUGAGCUGUGCCAUCACCCCAAACCCAGCACAGUGCAAGCCUGCAACCGUUUCAAUUGCCCCCCAGCCUGGUACCCUGCACAGUGGCAGCUGUGUUCCAGGACCUGUGGAGGAGGGAUUCAAAAACGUGAUGUUCUCUGCAAGCAGCGUAUGGCUGAUGGCAGCUUCCUGGAGCUUCCAGAGACCUUCUGUUCAGCCUCCAAACCAACCUCCCACCAAGGGUGCAAGAAAGAUGACUGCCCCAGUGAGUGGCUUCUCUCAGAGUGGUCAGAGUGCUCUGUGAGCUGUGGGGAGGGCACCCAGACUCGAAGUGCCAUUUGCCAGAGGGUGCUGAAAACUGGGGUCUCCACUGUUGUCAAUUCUACUUUGUGCCCUCCCCUGCCCUUCUCUUCCUCCAUCAGACCCUGUAUGCUGGCAACCUGUGCAAGGCCUGGGAGGCCUUCCACCAAGCACAGUCCUCACAUCGCAGCUGCACGAAACAUAUACAUCCAGACCCGCAGGCAGAGGAAGCUGCACUUCGUUGUGGGAGGAUUUGCUUACCUGCUUCCCAAGACUACCGUGGUGCUCCGGUGUCCCACGCGCAGAUUCCGCAAGCCCCUCAUCACGUGGGAAAAGGACGGCCAGCACAGCAUCAGCUCGGCUCAUGUCACCGUAGCCCCUUUUGGCUACCUGAAGAUCCAUCGCCUCAAGCCCUCAGAUGCGGGCAUCUACACCUGUUCUGCGGGGCCCGCCCGGGAGCAGUUUGUGAUUAAGCUCAUUGGAGGCAACCGCAAGCUCGUGGCCAGGCCCCUGAGCCUUUGGAGUGAGGAAGAGGAGGCCCUGCAGGUGAGGAAGGCCAAUCCAAAAGAAGCCUUGCAAACCCACAAACACCAAAAUGGCAUCUUCUCCAACGGCAGCAAAGCUGAGAAGCGCGGCCUCACUGCAGAUCCUGGGAACCGCUAUGAUGACAUUGUGUCUAGGCUGUUGGAGCAGGGCGGCUGGCCAGGAGAGCUCCUGGCCUCGUGGGAGGUGCAGGACUCUGCAGAAAGGAACGCAUCCUCAGAAGAGGAUCCCAGUGCUGAACAGGCCCUCCUGCAUCUCCCCUUCACCAUGGUGGCCGAGCAGAAGCGUCUGGAUGACAUCCUCAGGAACCUGUCCCAGCAGCCAGAGGAGCUACGGGACCUCUACAGCAAGCACCUGGUGGCCCAGCUGGCCCAGGACAUCUUCCGAAGCCACCUGGAGAACCAGGAUCUGCUUCCUAAGCCCUCUGAGCAGAGGUUUCCUCCCAUGGCCGUCCCACCUCACAAACAUGUCUCUGGCUUCAGCAGCUCCCUAAGGAGCUCAUCUGGAGAGGCUGGGGGUGGCUCCCGUAGGCCUCAUCGCAAGCCUGCCAUCUUGCGGAAGAUCUCAGCGGCACAGCAACUCUCAGCCUCGGAGGUAGUCACCCACCUGGGGCAGACUGUGGCUCUAGCCAGCGGGACCCUGAGUGUGCUUCUGCACUGUGAGGCGGUAGGCAACCCAAGGCCCACCAUCCACUGGACCAGGAACGGAGAAGCAGUUCAAUUCAGUGACAGGAUUCUUCUACAGCCAGAUGAUUCCUUACAGAUCUUGGCACCAGUGGAAGCUGAUGUGGGUUUCUAUACUUGCAAUGCCACAAAUGCCUUGGGAUAUGACUCUGUCUCCAUUGCUGUCACAUUAGCAGGAAAGCCACUAGUGAAGACAUCCCGAAUGACUGUGCUCAACACAGAGAAGCCUACAGUCACAGUGGAUAUCGGUGGCACCGUCAGAACCGUCCGAGGAGUGAAUGUGACAAUUAACUGCCAAGUGGCAGGUGUACCUGAAGCUGAAGUCACCUGGUUCAGAAAUAAAAGCAAAUUGGGCUCCUCCCACCACCUGCACGAGGGCUCCUCCCACCACCUGCACGAGGGCUCCUCCCACCACCUGCACGAGGGCUCCUUGCUGCUCACAGAUGUGUCCUUCUCGGAUCAAGGCCUGUAUUCCUGCAGGGCAGCCAAUCUACACGGAGAACAGACAGAGAGCACACAGCUCCUGAUUCUAGAUCCCCCUCAAGUCCCCACACAGUUGGAAGACAUCAGGGCCUUGCUCUUAGCCACUGGACCGAACCUUCCUUCGGUGCUUAUGUCCCCUCUGGGAACACAGCUGGUCCUGGAUCCUGGGAAUUCCGCUCUCCUUGGCUGCCCCAUCAAAGGUCACCCCACCCCCAAUAUCACCUGGUUCCAAAAUGGCCAGCCAAUUGCCACUGCCCUGGGGCUGACCCACCACAUCUGGGCAGCUGGACAGAUCCUACGUGUUGCAAAUCUCAGUGGAGGACCUCAAGGGGAGUUCAGCUGCCUGGCUCAGAAUGAAGCAGGGACCCUCCUACAGAAAGCCUCUUUGGUGAUCCAAGAUUACUGGUGGUCUGUGGAUAGACUGGCAACCUGCUCCGCAUCUUGUGGUAAUAGAGGCGUUCAUCAGCCGCGCCUCAGGUGUUUACUGAACACCACGGAAGUUGACCCUGAGCACUGUACAGGAAAGCCUCGGCCCGCCGUGCAGCCUGUUGCCUGCAACCGGAGAGACUGUCCUUCUCGAUGGAUGGUGACGUCCUGGUCCGCCUGUACCCGGAGUUGCGGUGGAGGUGUACAAACCCGAAGGGUGACCUGUCAGAAGUUGAAAGCUUCUGGUAUUUCUACCCCAGUGUCCAAUGACAUGUGCAGUCAACUGGCCAAACGGCCUGUGGAUACCCAGGCCUGCAACCAGCAGCUGUGUGUGGAAUGGGCCUUCUCCAGCUGGGGCCAGUGCAAUGGGCCUUGCAUAGGCCCUCGCCUUGCUGUGCAGCACAGACAGGUCUUCUGCCAGACCCGGGAUGGCAUCACCUUACCAUCAGAGCAGUGCAGUGCCCUCCCCAGGCCCGUGAGCACCCAAAACUGCUGGUCAGAGGCCUGCAGUGUACACUGGAGGGUCAGCCUCUGGACCCUAUGCACAGCAACCUGUGGCAACUAUGGCUUCCAGUCCCGGCGGGUGGAGUGUGUUCACGUGCGCACCAACAAGGCUGUGCCCGAGCACCUGUGUUCCUGGGGGCCCCGGCCCGCCAACUGGCAACGCUGCAACAUCACUCCAUGUGAAAACACUGAGUGCAGAGACACCACCAGGUACUGCGAGAAGGUGAGACAGUUGAAACUCUGCCAGCUCGGCCAGUUCCGAUCUCGCUGCUGUGGAACGUGUGGCAAAGCAUGAAGACAGGGCACGGGGAUGAGCUCUACCCUGGCCACACAAAGGACUCACACAACCACCUUGGACAUGACUUACGCUUUCUUCCUUUUAUUUAUUUAUUUGCCCCUCCCCACACACCCAUGUCCACCUGCACCCAUGCUCCUGAGGACUGUGGCAUGUUUUCUUAUUCAGUUAGCUGGAAGCAAGUGUGGAGAACAGAAAAAAAGAUGUCUAAAGGAGGGUUGCAGAGCAGGCCAGACAGACAGCAGCUCCCUUGCAGAGCUGGCUCCUUUCUGAUCAGGGUCUCAGAGACACAGGAAGAGCAAGCCAUAGUCUAUAGGGACAGCAAGGAGUUUAUAACACAUAGGUACAGGCACAGGCAAGUCAGGAGUGCCGUUCCUUUGUUCCCUGGUGGUAAGAACAGGGGAGCAGCAUACUAGAGCAGAAACCAGGCCAGACUCCAGUUCUUCUGGCAGUGGUAUGGGAAGACCAAGAAAGAAGAGAACUGAGCUGUGGGCAAGAGGGUUAUGCCAAAAGAGACAAGCAAAAUAGGCAGAAGGCAUGCCACUAUGCAGAAGACAGAGGCGGGGAAGAAGGAAGGAAAGUGUGUACACGUGCACCUCAGUGGGAGGAGCUUGCUGGCAGGACAGAUUUUCAAGCAGUCACAUGAGACCCAUAUGACAAGCCUGUGCCCUGGAACAUGUGCACAGUCCUCGAGGUUCAACAGAGGUGAGGAAGGGUAUUCAGAGUCCUCUCAGGACCCAUGCUGCAUGACACGGGUGACACUGCAUGACAUGCCCUUUGUGUGGUUAUACACGUGUGUCUACCCCUCUCCUAUCAAGUGACUUUUGUGUCUGCAGCUGUGGACAACCCAACAAAGGGUCAAGGUCAGCUGUGUAGUAAGGCUGCCCCUAGCAUCUCCUUACUUAAGUCAAGGGUCACUAGUCCUGAACUGACUGCUGCCGAGGGCAUUUGACCAUGAGUGCUCCUGGCUUUCCAUCCGAAUGACUUUGCUGCUCCUUGUUGGGCCAGAGACUAGAAUCAUAGCUCACAAAGGAUUCAUUAAGCAACCUGUUUGCGGGCAAGCAUCUACAGGAUGUGGGAAGCCUUACUACCAGAGCUUGCCAGAAAGGAGGAGAGGACAGAGAGGCCCUGCACACCCACAGUGCGCUUUCUCUCCCAACCCUCACACAUUGGGCCUGGGAGCCCUUCCUGAACCACAGAAGAGCUGCCAUACACCCGAUUUAUGCAGCAGGCUGGGAGUAGGGAGUGUGAUCAGGCGCUAUGGCAAAGCUAGAAGUCAGCUAAAGACUCACAAGACAGCCGGAGAAAGCUUUGUAACCAUCCUCUCGACUACACAGAUACUAUGGUAAUUAGCACACCAGACUGAGUGAAUGGACCACUCAGCGGGCUAAGCAGCACACACAACUCAGCAACACACAUCAGCUAUGGCAAACCCUCAGUCUGCAGAGAAGCUUCAGCAGUGAUAAUUGCUUCCUUCCUGAGCAGCCUCAGUUUAACAGAUGAGGCAGGCAGAGCCCAGGAGCCAUCAGAUAAGCCGCCCCUCACAAAUGCACUCACCAAAUGCUAUCACCCCAGGGCCACCACUGACAGCAGGGCUGCAUUUCCCAACCAGCCUGGAAGUUAAGUUUGAAAGAGGAUGUUAAUCUGCGUCUUCAUAGAUGCCCUAUGGACAGUUAGGGUAGGCCUCUUCCUCAUCACAAAAAUAGGCUCUAAGAAAUUGUGUUAUUAAAAGUCAGUGUAAUGUUUAUUUAAAAUUAAAGAGAGUGUUUCUAUGUAUAUCUUUUGUGAAUAUUUAUUAGGAUUUCUUGUAUUAAAAAGUGCAAUAUUAGUAAUUGUACAUUGUCAUCCAGAAAAACAACUCUUUGGGGGAUUUUAUUAACUUCCUGCAGCUGUGUUCCUAAGAACUCUGUGGCGAUAAUUGUAUUCUUCCUAAUUUUAAAAGAAACAAAACAGAUGUUUAACUCUGAUCCACUGUGUACAGAGUACCUUGUAAAAGCUAAUGGGGGGUUGGGGGAGAGCAAUGGAGUCAACUUGUUUGUGACACUAGUUCUACAUAAAAUGAACAGAAAUUCUAUAAUACUAACACAUAGUUCAGUAGCUAUUAAAAAUUGGUGGUCAGUGUUUGAAUUUUUCUCAAAUGCGGGCAUCUUCCAGCUCCGCCACCUGCGAGAAUGUGAGGUUGGAAGUGCCUUUCAGAACUAGCUGGAGAGCGUAGGAUUGGAGUGGAAAGCAGUGUGCUCCUUGCAUGACAUGAAUGUACAUUUAAUAUUUGUUCUGUGAAUUGUGACUCAGCAGUACCACAAGUUAUCAGGGCUGCUGGAUAAUGCAGAAGAAGACACUUCCUCCUCUAAAACACAAAACUGUAUUUAUAUUUUUUUGUACAGAUAAUACAGCUUAUUUAUUU